AUGAAAUUCCUCAUCAGUUUCGCUCUCCUCUUCGCUGUUGCCCAGGCCAAUCCCGGCUUCGUUGCUCCUCUGACUUACUCGGCUGUGCCCACUGUUGCUACUUAUGCCGCUGCUCCAUAUGCUGCGUAUUCUGCUUAUACUGCCCCAGCCGUUGCCACCUACUCACACGUUGCUGCUCCAGCCGUAUACAGCGCUCCAGUUGCCCGUGUUGCAGCAGUGGCUUCAGUUGCUCGUGUUGCCGCUGUCGCUCCAGUUACCUACACAGCUCCAUUAGUAUCAACUCUGUUGAAGAAAUAA